AUGAAUGUGGAUAUUCCUCAACGGCAGUUCAGCAAGGAGGAAAUCAAUCGAUGUUAUUUGAGAUGGCAGCAGUUACGUAACGAACAUGGGGAGAACGCUCGUAACGUACCGGAGUUUGUAUACUUUACGAAAGUGUUGCACGUAGCGGCUAAACAGCAGCAGGAGUUACAACAGCAGCGACAGCCUGGUGCUGGGUCUGCCUCGCCUCCUGUGCAGGAGGCUCCAUUGCCUGCCGAGUCGCCUAUAUCUCAACAGGGUGCUUCACGUCAGCAACAAGGUUCCCCAGGUGAAGCUCAAUCGCCGAAUGGGAAUUCUAAUAUGAGCAUUUUCACUAUGGAGCAAUCAGAACUAUUGAAGGCUCAGAUCACUUCGUUGAAAUGUUUGGUUAAUAAGCAAUCAGUGCCUACGCAGUGUCAGAACGUAAUUCAACGAUCGAUCACGAAUCCUCCGGAUUUCAAAAGAAUGUUGCUUGCAUUAAGUGACUUUGUUAAGAGAAGGAAAAUGGAUCAGAAUCAGCAGAAAGAAUCUCCUCAAGGGCCAGUAGAAACGGGCGUACCAAAUGGUAUAACAGCACAGAACGGGGAAACUAGUAACGUAGCUGUUCCUACAGUGGCAGCGAAUGUAGAGCAAUCUUCAAGCUCGAAGGAGAAUAGUCAGCAACCUGCGAUCGCGGGUGAAACAGAGCCCCCAAAACCUAUGGCUCCUUUGCCAUUGCAACAGUAUAAAGAAUCCCAUCCCGAGAUUGAGAAAAUUAUAGAUGUUGAUAAUCCCGACUUGAUGGUGGAUUCAUUCAGUCUUCCCAAUAUACCAAGCGAAAUGAUCGAUUAUAGUGAAUUAUUUCCAAACGUAGAUCGCCCGCGACCCAUGAUACAACCUGGUAUCUUGCCCAUAGGAAUAGAUAUUCACACAGCGACAGAGAUAUAUCAGACGUUGAUAGCUCUGAACUUGGAUACCGCUGUUGAUGAUUGUUUAUCGAGCAUACUGGAUGACCAGUGCGAUAAGAAGGCAAAAGAAGAUGCACUUUACGAUUACUAUGCGUUUCAACUUUUGCCGUUACAAAAAGCUGCUCGUGGCCAUCUAUUACAGUUCAUUUGGUAUCAAAAUUCGCUACUAACAAAUACACAUCCAAAUUUCCUCUCAAAAAUUAGAAAUAUUAACAUUCAGGAUACGCUGUUAACUGGUGAAUUAUACAAGAAACAUGAGAUGUUGCAAUACGAGAAAAAGAGAUACGAGAAAUCGACGAAGUUAGAGAAGAUUUUGAGUUCGUCUGUUCAUCGUCACAAUAAGAGGCUUGAUCACAGAACAAGAAGAGUCAAAUUUGGGCAUAAAUUGAUCAAUACUCAUACCAUGCUUGAGAAGGAGGAACAAAGGCGAGCAGAGAGGAAGGCUAAAGAACGUUUGCAAGCUUUGAAGGCAAAUGAUGAGGAAGCGUACAUUAAACUGCUAGAUCAAACAAAGGAUACAAGAAUUACACAUCUGCUAAAGCAGACAAACUCCUUCUUGGACUCAUUGACAAGAGCCGUGAAGGAUCAGCAGGACUAUACAAAGGAAAUGAUCGACUCUCACCUCAAAGAGGAUUCUAAGGAUCCAGAUGAAAUAGAAACGAAAGAAGACGAAAGUGAGGAAAUCGAAGAGAGGUCAAAUGUUGACUACUAUAAUGUGGCUCAUAGAAUAAAGGAAGAGAUUCGUGAGCAACCAUCCAUUUUGGUUGGUGGUACAUUAAAGGAAUAUCAAAUAAAAGGUUUACAGUGGAUGGUGUCUCUCUUUAAUAACCAUUUAAACGGUAUCCUUGCUGAUGAAAUGGGUCUGGGGAAAACUAUUCAAACAAUCUCUCUGCUCACUUAUCUUUACGAAAAGAAGGAUAUUCACGGUCCUUUCCUCAUUAUCGUUCCUCUAUCGACCUUAACGAAUUGGAGUUCCGAGUUCGCAAAAUGGGCACCUACUUUGAGAACCAUCUCUUACAAGGGCUCUCCAAAUGAAAGAAAAUCUAAACAAGCUUACAUUAAGUCAGGGGAGUUUGAUGUCGUUGUCACCACCUUUGAAUACGUUAUCAAAGAGAAGGCCGUAUUAUCCAAGGUUAAAUGGGUACACAUGAUCAUCGACGAAGGCCAUAGGAUGAAGAACGCACAAUCUAAACUUUCGUUGACUUUGAACAAUUUCUAUCACUCAGAUUACCGGUUGAUUCUAACAGGUACUCCCUUGCAGAACAAUCUACCGGAACUAUGGGCACUACUAAAUUUUGCUCUCCCAAAAAUUUUCAAUUCUGUUAAAUCGUUCGAUGAGUGGUUCAACAUACCGUUCGCAAGCGCCGGUGGUCAAGAUAAGAUUGAGUUGAGCGAAGAAGAAAUGCUUCUGGUUAUCAGGAGACUGCACAAAGUUUUGAGACCGUUCUUGCUACGUCGUUUGAAGAAGGACGUGGAAAAAGAGCUACCAGAUAAAGUGGAAAAAGUCAUCAAGUGCAAGAUGAGCGCACUGCAGCAAGUAAUGUAUCAACAAAUGUUGACACACCGCCGUUUGUUCGUGGGAGAUCAAGGAAACAAAAAAAUGGUAGGACUCAGGGGGUUCAAUAACCAAAUCAUGCAGUUGAAAAAAAUAUGCAACCAUCCAUUUGUCUUUGAAGCUGUUGAGGAUCAAAUAAACCCAACUCGAGAGACGAAUGCUAAUAUUUGGCGAGUAGCUGGUAAGUUCGAAUUAUUAGAGAGGGUUCUUCCAAAGUUAAAGGCCACUGGUCAUCGAUGUUUGAUAUUCUUCCAGAUGACUCAAAUUAUGGAUAUCAUGGAGGACUUCUUAAGAUAUAUUAACAUCAAGUAUCUCCGGUUAGAUGGUCACACCAAGUCUGAUGAACGUAGUCUGCUUUUGAAGCAGUUCAAUGAUCCAGAGUCUGAAUUUUUCUGCUUCAUUUUAUCCACCAGAGCUGGUGGUCUAGGGCUGAACUUGCAAACAGCAGAUACAGUGAUCAUUUUCGAUACUGAUUGGAACCCUCAUCAGGAUUUGCAAGCACAGGAUAGAGCCCACAGAAUUGGGCAAAAGAAUGAGGUUAGAAUUCUGAGAUUAAUUACAGAAAACUCGGUGGAAGAAGUCAUUUUGGAGCGGGCUCACAAGAAGCUAGAUAUCGACGGGAAAGUUAUCCAAGCCGGUAAGUUUGAUAACAAAUCGACUUCUGAAGAACAAGAGGCCCUAUUAAGGUCGCUUUUGGAUGCUGAGGAUGAGCGUAGGCGAAGAAGGGAGCUGGGCAUGGAUGAAGAAGAAGAAGUUGACGACAAUGAAAUCAAUGAUAUUCUGGCCAGAGAUGAAAGUGAGAUUCCGAUUUUCGCUGAGGUCGACGCUGAGAGGUCUAGAAAAGCGCUGGAGCUGAACAUUACGACGAGGUUGAUGGAACAAAACGAGCUACCAGAAAUAUAUAGCCAGGAUAUUGGUCGAGAACUGGAACUACUACGUGAAGAAUCGGAGAACGCAAACGCGCUUGGCGGUCGUGGAGCGAGAGAGCGGAAGAGCACACAUUAUGGUGAUAACCUUUCUGAAGAGCAAUGGCUAAAACAGUUCGAGGUAAGCGACAACGAGGGAGACAAUGACGAGAUGUUGGACGGUAAGAAACGCAGAAACGGCACCACUAGAGGUCCAGUAAAAAAACCAAAGAUUGAGGAAAAUGGCGACCAAAUUUAUACUGCGGAUCCUUCGCCCCAACCAUCGGACGACAUAUCGAAAGGACAUUCAGAGAUUGAGAUGAAUAACGAAGAGAAGAAUGCAGAAAAUGGGGCCAGCGGGAAUGAAGCUGACGACGACGCCGAAGGUCCAUCACAUCAUAAAGCUGGGAAGACUUCAGCGAAAUCAGCUAGAACUUCUACCAAAGGUAAAGCACGCGUAAAGGUGAAGGCGAAAGCUCGUACUAAUGGUCAAGCGCCGACCAGUGCUGCGCGUUCACGCGCUGUGGGGCGUGUACGUGGGCGACCACCAAAACCUAGGAACGGACUCGAUUACGUGCGUGAUGUCGCUGCAACCACACAACCAUAUGAGGUAAGAGAAGUUGUAUCAAAAGAAGCCCGUGAGCUUUACAACUACGCUCUCGAAUAUAGCGAUGAGGGUGGCAGAAUUCUUUCGGACAUCUUCCUAGUGAAGCCGUCCAAGAAGCUCUAUCCUGACUAUUAUCAGCUAAUCAAAUACCCUGUCGCAUUUGAGAACGUUUCCAGUAGCAUCGGCUCCAAUGCUUAUGAUUCACUGAAGGAGGUGCUGGAGGAUUUCCAUCUGAUUUUCUCCAACGCUCGUAUUUACAAUACUGAGGAUUCUAUUGUCUAUGCAGAUUCUGUUGAGCUCGAGGAGGCAGUUACGAAAAAGUAUAGGGAAUUGGCGAAGGACAAAGAGCCUAUAGACUUUACUGAGUUUGAAGAGGCAUUCGCGACAAAACCUCUCAAGUUAGCAGGUUUUAUACCUACGGAUGACGCGUCUUCUAAUGUUCUCAGUGGUUCACCAGGCGACAGUGAAGCCAACUUACACGAGCCAAGCGUACAAACAACAACACCGGAGUCAUUCCCAGGCAAAGGCCCUAUAUCGCCCAAGGAUAACCUGUAA